AUGGGGAAUGAACUUCGGUAUGUCUGCCUGGUUGAGACCCGGAGAUUGUUGUUGCUAAUGGGGGUGAUUUUCGGGUUGAUUUUAUUCAUCCAGUAUUUUGAGCUCCCGUAUAGUAAUAUUUUAUCGUCUUUAUUUUCGAAUGGGAAAUCUCAAGUACAGCUUCUUGACAACUUGCGAAACUCGUCUGAGAAAUCCAUUACCUUGAGGAACCAAACGUAUCUGGGUAGCGUGAAUUCUACUGAUCUUGAUUUUGAUCAAGAAAAUGUUGAUAUUGGUGCAAGAAAUGUAAAAGAUGAUUUUGGUCAAGAAGACAAAGAAAAUUCACGUUUGAAUAACGAUAUUGAUGUCGAGGAUGAAUCUAGAUCCAAAGAGUUCUUCGGAACAGAUCAUAUCUCAACCUCAACCUCAACCGUAACAAAUGAUAGUAUCUUACCAGACGAGCAUGGAGAAAAUCUGGGAUAUGCUCCAGAAACUAGUGCUUAUGAUGUCAUGGGGGAAAAUAAAGACACAACUCCCAAUUUGAAUUUGACUGCCAAUUCACCGGCAAAUGUGCCACCUGGUUUUAGAUCUCCAUAUAUUCCUAAAACGAGCAUGGAUGUGGAUGUAAAAGCUCCUUAUCCGGUCACAUCUACGGGAAAAGAUGCUGGGAAUAUACUUCAAAACAUUGGAAAACCAAUUGGAAAAGAACAUUUGGGAGGCACACGUGUGGUGGUGCCUAUAUCUAAGAUGAAGGAUCUGCUGCUCCAGAGUCGUGUGUCAUAUAGUGCUGUGAAGCCUCAAUGGUCCUCAACAGCUGAUCAGGAGUUACUAAAUGCAAAGUUCCUCGUUGAGAAUGCAUCAGUAGUUGAAAAAGACCCUCAAUUUGAUGUGACAUUGUACAGAAACUUUUCGGAGUUCAAAAGGAGCUAUGAAUUAAUGGAGCAAACUCUAAAGGUUUAUAUAUAUGCUGAAGGCGAAAAGCCAAUAUUCCACCAGCCUCCCCUUAAAGGAAUAUACGCAUCCGAAGGAUGGUUCAUGAAGCUGCUAAAAUCGAACAAGCGAUUUGUCACUAAAAACCCAAAAAGAGCACACCUAUUUUACUUGCCUUUCAGUUCACGCAUGUUGGAGGUGGCCUUAUACAUACCCGAUUCCCACAGUCGAGACAACUUGAUCCAGUAUUUGAGUGACUAUGUCACGAUGAUCAUGAGAAAGCACAGUUUCUGGAAUAGAACAGAUGGGUCCGACCAUUUUCUCGUUGCCUGUCAUGAUUGGGCCCCAGUUGAGACACGGCGAACCAUGCCCAACAGCAUCCGAUCCUUGUGCAAUUCAGACAUUAAAGAAGGGUUCCGGUUGGGAAAAGACGUUUCUCUCCCCGAAACCUUGGUGCGGACCCCACAGAACCCUCUCCGCCAGCUUGGAGGCAAACCUCCUGGGCAGAGGCGAACCCUUGCUUUUUUCGCUGGCAGCAUGCACGGAUACUUACGUCCCUUCUUGCUCAAACACUGGGAGAACAAAGACCCCGAUAUGAAAAUAUUCGGUCAACUGCAGAAAGUCAAAGGUCAAACCAGCUACGCGCAGUACAUGAAGACGAGCAAGUACUGCAUUUGUGCCAGAGGGUACGAGGUCAACAGCCCCCGGGUGGUGGAGGCUAUUUUCUACGAGUGCGUCCCAGUUAUUAUAUCGGACAACUUUGUCCCUCCCUUUUUCGAGACUCUAAAUUGGGAGUCGUUUGCGGUUUUUGUUUCAGAGAGGGAUGUGCCGAAUUUGAAGAAGAUACUUUUGUCGAUUUCGAGUAGAAGAUAUGUGAAGAUGCAGAAGAGAGUACGGGAGGUGCAGAGGCAUUUCUUGUGGCAUUCGAGGCCCGAGAAGUAUGAUGUUUUUCAUAUGAUAUUGCACUCGGUGUGGUACAAUAGGGUUUUUCAGACAAGAUCAUUGUAG